AUGCCAAGUCUGCUCCCUAAUUCACUGGAAAGUGACUUGCAAGAAUCAGCUUACUUCCAAGACGAGCGAAGCACAGCCAAUGGUGGCAUUCUUAUGCAGACGAGCCUUGCCCAGUCAAAUUUGCCGAUUGCUCGCUCCUUUGACGUUUUUGGCAUGUCGAAUCUCAAGCCGCCAUCAGGACGCCUCCAUGCCGCAUGA